GAGGGCGCCGGCUCCCGCCUGCCACAUGUUGGGUGAUGCAGCACUUCUACUCUACUCCUCCUGGCUGUCACGCUGCUGCUGGUCUGUGCUGAGCGGCUGAAGAGAGAGAGAGGGAGGGUAGCAGCUUUGUAGUGUCCCAGCACAGCAGUGAUGUCUGUGCCGCACAGUGGGUCUCAUAGUUAGUCAUAGCGUGCAGGGGAGCCUAGAAACCCCUGUGCUCGCACACUAACAUCCGUAAAAGUUGCUCUCCCUGCACGGACUUCUAUCAGUGACAGCAGAAACGGAAAGUUUCUCUCUCUCUGCACUCGGGUUUCUCCCUCCCCCUCUACAGGCUAGUGCACGAGCUCUGCUGUUUUCAGUGCUUGGCCACACCUCCCGCCCCACCCCAUACCCCUGUAACAUCUACGAGCACUACAAUACUAACGGUGGGGACUGUAGCAUGCACUUGCUCCGGAUGCCACAGCUCCACUUUACACCUCUGCAUGCUUCUGAUGACGAGACUCCACGGGUUUGACAAGCCUUCUGAUUGUAAUCUACUCCUCCCUUCUCAAGCUCACAUCUUUCAUACAAGAAAGGGAUUGCGGAAGCAGUUUGUCGUAAGUGCAUGGAACUGCACUGAAGACAAUAAAGAGAUUAAUCUUAACUGAAAUGAGACAGAAACCAGGAAAAUAAUAGGGGAUUCCAUUUGUGAGAAAUGAUCUGCCUGGAAAAUGAACUCACGAUUGGCAAGAGUAGUUUUACUUUUGAUAGUCUUCAUUAUUUUCGUAGCUGCAUACUGGAGUGCAAAAGGACAGAUAAGACUUCUACCAGUAUUCCACAAAAGCAGCCAUGCAGGGACCCUGUGCCCUGACUAUGUUAUAAGCAGUGUCAAGCCAGAUACUGUGAUAUGGACAGCCCAUCCUAGUGCACGUUUAGGAAACAAAAUGGGGGAGUAUGCAGUACUCUAUGCUCUGGCAAAGCUUAAUGGACAGCAAGCCUAUGUUUUACCCACCAUGCACAGUGAGCUGGGAAAGAUAUUUAAGAUCAAGUUGCCCGUACUUCACCAAGACAUAGCAGAUCGUAUUAAAUGGAAGAGCUAUCAGUUGCGUGAUUGGAUGUCUCCAGAAUAUUCAAACAUCUCUGGACAAUACGUGAAGCUUUAUGGUACACCCUGUUCAUGGACCUUCUACCAUCACAUAAGAGAAGAGAUUCUACGAGAAUUCACUUUCCAUGAUAAUAUUAAGGAAGAGGCAAAUUCAUAUCUUGCAAAACUGAAAGGAGACCAGAAAAAUGUGACCUAUAUUGGGGUUCAUGUUCGCAGGGGAGAUUAUGUACAAGUUAUGCCUAAACUAAGGAAAGGUGUAGUAGCCGGCAGAGAUUAUAUGGACAAAGCCAUGGGCUAUUUCAGAAAUAAAUACAAGAACCCUCUCUUUGUGGUGACCAGUAAUGGCAUGGAUUGGUGCAAGAAGAACAUUGAUAACUCACUAGGGGAUGUUCACUUUGCAGGUGAUGGCCUGGAAGGGUCACCUGCCCGAGACUUUGCCCUCCUGGCACAUUGUAACCACACCAUAAUGACAAUAGGGACAUUCGGAUACUGGGCUGCAUACUUGGUUGGAGGGGAGACCAUCUACCUUACAAACUUUACUUUGCCAGAUUCUCCUUACCUUAAGAUUUUCAAGUAUGAAGCUUCUUUCCUUCCAGAAUGGAUUGGGAUUCCUGCAGACCUCUCCCCAGUCUUAUAAAAUAAAAGCCUCCAUAGUGAAUCUUCAUGAAAGGUUUUAAAAGGAGGCAAUCACGAGACAGCCUUUAGGGAUCCCCGCGGUCACAAUGCGAACGCCGGAAUCCCGACAGGUGUGAAAUGCCGCCACCGGAAUACCGACUCCACAGUCUUUUCUCCCUCUGUGGGUAUCCACGACACCCAUAGAAAAAAAAUAUAUCCUGUGUUGAACUCAGCAAGCCACCGUGCCCGUGGCGAGGCGAGCGCAGUGAGCCUGCAAGGGACUUUCUAGCGCUCGCCCCGCUGCCGGCAUACUGGUGGCCGGUAUCCCGCUGUCGGGUUCAUGACAGCCAGGAUCCUGGACACUGGUAAAAGGUAUGUAUUCUGUUUUAAAUACUGUGUACUACAGCAGCAGACAGGGCAUAUUGGGGGUAAUUUCAAGUUGAUCGCAGCAGGAAAUUUUUUAGC